AUGUUACUUUGUGCUUCAUCGGAUGCACGAUUACCCUCUCCUUGUUAUGGUGGCAAUAUUCCUAUGGGUCACUCUGAUUCUCCAUUGGAGAAUUUUGCCCCUUCUCCUGUUCCAAUUGUGGCAAUACUGAGUAUGAUGUUAGAGAUGGAAUACAACUUUGAGAGUAAAUCUGAUCUAAAACAAUCAGAUUCAUCAAAGGAAAAGGAAAAGAAGGAUGAUGGGUCCCCUGGUGCACUGACGAUUGGUAGGCAUAUCUUCACGCAAAGGUUAGAAACCGGUGAUCGUGAAGCAGAUGCAGAACAACGUCGGCUUAUGGCUUUCUUUUACCUUGGAAACAUGUGUUCAAAGUUACUGAAUCACGGGUUGAGGUUGUUAUACGUGACAAUGCACAACGCUUAUAUGAUUCCAAGAAGGGAUGUCAAGCUCAUUGUUGAGGAACUCGAGAAAAUUUUGGCAUUUAAUAACUCACUUGUCUCAUUAAACAAUCGUCCCGAUGCUAAUCGUUUUGCUCGUGGGCAUUCCAAUAUUAUUACUUUUUGUAUAGGUGGUGAGUAUGAUGGUGAUACAAAAAUGGAUGAUCUAAAACUCCUCUACAGAGCAUACAUUGUUGAUUCUCUAUCAACUGUUUAUAUGGAAAACACCAAGAAAUAUACCAUCAAAACCUUCAACAAUUUGCGAAGGAUGGAGAGCUUAGUGAUGCUGAGGUUAAAUCACUUGUGA